AAAACCCCCUCAAAGGUGCACCAAAUCCUGUAAACGAAAUUGGGCCAGAUUGUGCCCCGCGUGUUCGGCACCUCUCCUGGUUGCGAGUAGUGAUGUAAUUUAAUUACCUAUUAUCGUGGCGUUUAUCACCCGGUGUUAUCGUGUGCGUAUGACUUCGUUUUUUAUUGUUGGUUUCGCUCAUCGCGUGUGAUAGUAGUGCCGGGGAGGGGUUUCGGGGUAGGAGGAAUGCGCCACCGAUGAAGUGCGAGUAUGCGUGCGGGUGCGCCAGGGCGAAAAAAAAGGGAAGAAAAUAAUAAACUCCGAGUGCUUGUCCCUUAGUGCAGCAAAACAGGUGCUUGUCUCCCGCCGGAGAGGUGCUUGUAGUGUGAGAUAAAAAGAAUAAUACAACGCCCCUGCACGGUAGCGAGCAAGUGUGAGAAGUGAUAGCGGGCGCGAGUGGCGCGUUCAUAAAUUAGUACGCAAACAAACAAACACAAGGCAUGUCCUACAACGCAGAUGAUUGUCCCGAUAGUGCGGCGGAUGGGGCAGGCGGUGCGGUGGGGCUAAAUUGCUCCACACCGCCUUCGCCUGGAAUGACGCGGCAAGAUGCGGUCGUCGAGGGUGGCGUCGGUGGUGGUGACGAUGAUGGUGGUUCCAUCGAGGUGGUGGAGCCCGACCGAGCCGAGCCUACCGCCAGCGUCCUGAUGCCCGGUUACGAGCCAUGCGAUCCGCUAAUUAUCUUGAAUCUAUUUCAAUCCCUGUCCGCCACCACCAACUCGCUGGAGCUGCAGAUGAAAAUCAAUCUUCACCUGAAGGCCCUCACGAGAUCACCGUACGUCUUUCUCGUGCCGAUCCUGCACUCCAGCGAGGAGGGUCUCAUACAGGUCAUUAACGAUAACGUGCUCGAGAAGGAGAUUCGCUUUUCCAUCAACUCAUCACAUUUCCGCACCGGUUCACAACACAAUGGCUACCCGUUCGUCAUAGACGAUCUCAACAAGGACUUUUCCGAAGUUAUCGAGAUGGUCGUCGGCAACAAGCACAACACCCUGAUCUACGACAUCCUGGGCCCGAAGGUGAGCAAGCUGCAGUCGCAAACCUCGACGACGUCCGCCUCGUCCACGUCAUCGCUGAACGAGCUGAAUUUUUCCUCCGUCCAGCAGCCGCACAAUGGCGCAACAUUGGCCGCGCCGCAUCAGCAACAGAUCGCGCUGUUCGUGUGCAUUGCCGGUGACGGUUCGUCCCGGUCGCGGAAUCAGUUCUACAUUGACGAUACGUUCCGGUACGUUCUUGGCCACCUGGUGACGGCGUUCGAGCUGUACGAGGAGAAACGUGUGCGCGAUCAGUGCCAAAAUCUGCUACAAGUGGCCCGCCGGUUGCUGGGAAAAAUAGGUGAUCUGGGUCAGCUGUUGCGGGGCGUCAUGACCGAGGCCAAGGAGCUGGCGGCUGCCGAACGGUGCUCUCUAUUCCUGCUCGACAAGCACUCCGGCGAGCUGGUGUCGAAGGUCUUCGACGGUAAUGAGGCCUCGAAAGAGAUCCGCAUCGAGAGCGGUAAAGGGAUCGCGGGUUACGUCGCGCAAACGGGCAAACUGCUAAACAUCCGCAACGCAUACCAACACCCGCUGUUCUACAAAGGGGUUGACGAAUCGACGGGCUUCAAAACGAGGAACAUUUUGUGUUUCCCUAUCUGCGACGAGGAGGGCGUCAUCGGAGUCGCGCAGCUGUGCAAUAAGUUGAACGGAUUCCAUUUUGACAAGUGCGACGAAGAGGUGGCAACCGCGUUCUCUGUGUACUGUGGCAUCAGUAUAAUGCACGCCCUGGUGCACAAACAGGUUCAGAAAGCCGAAGCCCGUUACAAACUGUCCCAGGAACUGCUGCUAUACCACAUGAAGGUACCGGACGUGGACGUGAGCCACGCACUGGAAGCGGUCAAGGAACCGGAUCGGGAAGAGGACGAUCAGUACCGUGGUUUUCCGCGGUUCGAUUUCUGCCCACGAGACGUCAAGGACCUUGCACUUUCGGUGCAGCUAUCAAUGCGCAUGUUCUAUGAUCUGAACUUUGUCGGCCAUUUCAAGAUACAGGAGUGUAAGCUGGCCCGGUUUGUGCUGCUGGUACAGAAAGGCUACCGGGACACACCGUACCACAACUGGUGGCAUGCGUUUUCCGUCGCGCACUUUGCCUACUCGCUAAUGAAGAAUCUGCAGCUCAUCGAACGGGGCGUUAUUACCAAAAUGCAAGGAUUCUCGUUUCUGAUUGCCGCAUUCUGCCACGAUCUGGACCACCGAGGCAUUAGCAAUUCGUAUCAAACGCAAACCAGCAGCCCUCUGGCACGGUUGUACAGCAGCGAAGGCAGCGUGAACGAGCGCCACCAUCUAUCGCAGGCUAUCUGCAUCCUGAACGACUCGAGCUCAAAGAUCCUUGACGGGUUGUCGACGACGGAGUUCAAAGAAUGCAUCGACUAUCUUCGCGAGCUGAUUCUGGCCACUGAUCUGGCGAAUCACUUCCGUAUCUUGCCCCGGUUGAAGAAGCUGCGGUCGGAAAAUAUGACCGAGGGUUCGAACCAGCGGCUCCUGCUGUCGCUUAUGAUCACGUGCUGCGAUCUGAACGAUCAAGUUAAAUCGUGGAAAACAGUGCAGCAUGUCGCGCAUCUGGUGUAUGCAGAGUUCUUUGCUGAAGGUGACCUAGAAAAGCAGAUGGGUCUCCGGCCGAACGCUAUGAUGGACCGCAAGAAGGCGUGCAUUCCGAUGCUGCAGAUCGAGUUUCUCACAACCGUCAUUCGACCAACGUUCGAGAUAUUGGUGCAGAUCUUCCCCGAGACCGCUCCGUUCCUCGACACGAUCGACAGCAACCGGGAGCAGUGGGAAAAGGUGCGGAACCAAGCAUCGCAACAGGGCAACGGAAACGGAAACGAUGCUACAAACCAGCACGCCGUCGGAUGCCAGGGAUCUACGGAAUGCACAGAUAGUCCCGUCAAGGAGGGCGAGGACUAAACGACAAACGGUGGAAGAAAGCAAAUCGCGUGCAGAUGUGCAGGAUCACAGGAAACGUGAUCCCGCGGUGGCACUUACGGAGCGGGAAGACAAUUUUUAUUUAUUGACAGUAUUGUAAUAGCACUGAGUUUGUUUUUGUUUGUUUUCGUUUUUAAUGGCAUCGACGCGUCCUCUCACAUCCGGCCGGGCGUCUGCUAGGGCCGCAGUAUUAAUUUGCACUCGAAAGUCGCUCACGGUACGUGGAACCAAACGACACACUGGAUGUUAUGAUUGUUUGCUGGCAAACAGAUCGUUCCUUUCUUCACUCGCACACCUAACAUUAACAAUCGGACGGCACCUAGCCGGACGCCCCGGUCGACCACCGUGAGCAGGAGCGUCUUAGCGAUACCAAAGUUCAGAUUCGCGUGCAACCGCGGUCGGAUGCGCGAAACAAAAUGCGUGAACACACAAGUGAAGCAGUCACCCAGCUGCUCUAGAGUCUAGGACCAGUUGGACCGGUUGAUGCAGGGUAGAAGUAGAUUGCUAAUAACGUUGUCGUAGGAACGGCACGUGACAGACGUGCUGUGAGACCGCUCAGUUCCAUUUGAUGUGCGUAGCUGACGACGGCCGAGUGGGCAAUGUUCAGAUUGUUAGCUAAACCAAGGACACAGAGUAGAAAAGGAAACCUUUCGUGGAUAUAUGUAGAAUAAAAAAGUCAACUAAA